UCUUAUUGUUUUUGCUGCUGGGGUCACACUGAUGUGCACAGAGAGACUUUGUUGUUAAAACUGAUUGUCCAACAGCGAAAUGAUGCUCAACACCGCAGAAACGGACAUAUAGGGAAGUUUCGAUAGAUAAUAUUGCUAAUUAGCGUUAGAUUAGAGUUGAGGGGGACAGAAAUAUGCAGCUUUGACAGUUCUUCCCAUCUUGAAGCUGAUUGGCUAAGUUGAACGUCGGCUCAGCGUCUGUCAAGAAUAACUAUUGAAGACAGAGUGCCUUCUUAUUUCUCUCUGAGCCUCCCUGACGGUGCAGCUGUAUAAUUAUAGGUGCAGCUCCGAUAUGACUAAGAGAAGCCCAUCUUUCCAGCUUGUCAAAAGGAUGCUGAACCAUCACUGCAGAAGGAACCCUGAGCUUCAUGAGGAGCUGCAGAUCCAGGCUGCAGUGGCAGCUGGGGAUGUCUGCACUGUCAGGAGAAUGCUGGAGCAAGGAUACUCACCCAAAAUCCGUGAUGCCAACGGCUGGACGCUGCUCCACUUCUCUGCUGCCAAAGGAAAAGAGAGAUGUGUUCGAGUCUUUCUGGAGCAUGGAGCUGACCCCACGGUGAAGGACUUUAUUGGUGGUUUCACAGCACUUCACUAUGCUGCUAUGCAUGGUAGAGCACGCAUCGCCCGACUGAUGCUGGAAUCUGAGUUUCGCAGUGACAUUAUAAAUGCAAAAAGCAACGAUGGCUGGACACCGCUGCACGUGGCCGCCCACUACGGUCGAGACUCGUUUGUACGCCUCCUCCUCGAGUUCAGGGCCGAGGUGGACCCACUGAGUGACAAAGGUACCACACCACUACAGUUGGCCAUCAUCCGUGAGCGCUCCAGCUGUGUACGGAUCCUCCUGGACCAUAGUGCCAACAUUGACAUUCAAAAUGGCUUCCUGCUGCGGUAUGCCGUCAUCAAAGGUAAUCAUUCAUACUGCCGCAUGUUCCUGCAGAGGGGAGCAGACACUAAUCUUGGGCGUCUUGAAGACGGCCAGACCCCCCUGCACCUGUCAGCCCUCAGGGAUGAUGUGCUGUGCGCCCAGAUGCUCUACACGUAUGGAGCUAAUACCAACACCAGGAACUACGAGGGCCAGACACCUGUAGCUGUAUCGGUUAGCAUGUCUGGGAUCAGCCGGCCCUGUCUGGACUUCUUGCAGGAGGUCACCAGACAACCUCGGACUCUACAAGACUUGUGUCGAAUAAAAAUCCGCCACUGCAUCGGCCUUCAAAGUUUGAAAUUCUUGGAGGAUCUACCAAUUGCAAAGGUUAUGAAAGACUAUUUAAAACAUAAGUUUGACAAUGUGUGAAGGCAACAUCAAUAAAAGAGGAAAGGAUGACUAAAAACUCUCUCCCAUUUAUGAAGACUAUGCAAUCACUAAGUCCACAGGUCUGUUCCAUAUACACUGAGGGAUAGUUAGUCCAAUUUGUUUGUCCAGCUCAUCACAUUAAAAAUGGUUUCCUGCUUCAGUUCUCAAUUUCAGCUUUUUUUACAGUCAGAACAGUUACUGAAGAAUGGAAACAGAGCCACCUAAUGUGAGAAAAGGUUAUUGUUUUUGUGGGAAAAAGAAACCUCGUUUUACUGCAGAUAGUAUUCUAUUUAUGCUGUUACUGUGCAUGAUAUUAUCCUUGCUGGCUCAGAUCGUCAUAAAGUGUGUACUUGCCAUGGAGUGUAUUUUAAUUAAUUUCCUCCCAACUACUUUUACUGAGCUAUAGGGAGUUAAACACGACAUGCCACAUUGAUGAUUUUUUUUUUGACUCAAAAUCACAAAGUUUUGAGCUACUUGGAUACUGAUAGAUACACUCCCUGAUUAUUUUUUAAAUCUGGUUCCAAACCUCCAAAUUCAUUACCCACAUCUCCAAUUUGUUCAAUGUCUUAUUAAGCAAAGUAGCACUCAUGCUGUGCCCACUGAUGGCUCCUUCCCACGGUUAGAGAAACAGUUGAUCUUUCAGAGCUUUCUAGGUGAGAUAAGCAAGGUGGACAUGAUCUUUCUACAUAGCUAGCUAGCUACGUAGAAAGACAAAAGCAGUGUUACAAUUUUGCUUUGAACAGAAAGCAAGAAGGAAAACAGAAUGCUGAGCGACAGAUGGCUGGGAGAUGUGGACAGUAUGAUCUAUUUGAUUUAUAUCUAUCGCAUCACAGUCUGAGUCAAGGCUACAGUAGCCACAGCAUAUAAAAUACUAUUCCAGUAAUAUUAAAACAAGCUCACUACAGUCUAUAACAAACAGCUGGCCAAAAUUUCUGACCUGCCAGAAAUUCAUCUGACCCUCCAGCAGCCAGAAUUGUAAUUGUUCAGGCAGCGAAUCAGGCAUCACCACGCCCCUCAAACUGAAUGUCAAAAUCCACAGCCAAUCUGGCGUAAAUUUGGCUCUAAAGUUUAAUAUUAAAAUUAGCAGGAGGGGAAAAUUGGGCUUAAUCUGUACAGUUUCGUCCCAGCAUGAAAUCAAAAUGUCAUGUCAGGCUGAAUGAACUGAAACAAAAUGUCCUCCCAGCUCACUGCUGAUGCUUGAGCUGAAUUUUAAAAUAUCAACAGUAAGCUGAGCAGUAAUUUUGAGGUUUAGGUUUUGAGGGUGCUACUGGGUGUUGUAACAAAAUCGGGCAGUAUAUAAAUAAUACAUAAGAUUAGAUUUACUCUAAAAUUGCUUGGCAUUGUUUUUUUUCUGAUAUGCAAGAAUUACUUGCACAGACACAAGAAUAUACCAUACAAUUGAAAUGGUUUUGCAACUUAAAUUGCCUAGAAAUAAUUUGAUACUACCAGUUGAAAAGCAAAAGUGUUCUGUAGUGAUCAACCCGAAAUCAAGUUGCUUUAACAAUUUCUACACUAUAUUUAGUACAUUAAAGUUUGGAGUGAGUGGCUGUGAUCAAAUUCUCUUCUGAAAGCACCACAUUGACUCACUAAAGGUGUGGUUUAAAUAUAGUCUGUUUUGGAUAACACUGACACAAUCGCUAGAAGCUAAAGUCAAUGUAAAUAUGUUACAUGUACAACAGAUAUUUUUGUAGAAUUUAUUUAAGCAAUGAUCUCUGGUAUUCUUAAUGUAUUUAAAGUUUGGAUAUAAUAUGAUCUGUUUGGUGUGACUCAAAUAUUUCUUUUUUUCUGUGUGUCUGAGUUCAAAUACUCUGUUGUACAGGAAUCAUUUGAAAUCAAGUGUUUUAUUUCUAUGGCAGAAAUGUUGGGUGCUUUCUUAAAAUUCAUCAUCUGCAUCUUGCAGGUUACUCUUGCAGGUUGUGGAGAUGAUACUGUGAAUUUUCAUUUUGACAAUUAAAAUAAAAUGUAGGAUUUGGGGUUCUAAAUAAUACCCAUGCAACAAGAUUUUUUUUCUUUGUGUCUGCAUGUGUUUAAAAUUGCAUAGUGAACUUAUGUGGCACCUAAAGUUGGUUUUCCUAAAAUGUUGUAUUCACAAAUCCAUUCUGUUUUCACCUGCAUUAAAAUAUCAGUGGUCAUGUUCAUAUUUAA